ACCGUCGACGUGAAGCGCAACCCCAGCUACCGUCCCAACGGCCCGGCCGAGUAUGCUCGGGCGCUGAAGAAAUGGGGCGCCAAGGUCCCUGGCGCCUUGCACGACUCACUCCUCGCAAUGAGAGACACUGGUACGAACACAUCAGCUUUUGGCGAAGUCGGCGCAAAGAGCGUCCACGACGACCGCGAGUACGUCAGCAGCGUGGGCUUCGGCACGCCGUCGCAGUGGUUGGACGUCACCCUGGACACCGGCUCGUCGGAUGUCUGGGUGUUCUCAUCAGAAACGCGUCUCUCGUUAAAUGCUGAUCGGCCCCGGUGGGUAAUUGAGAACUCGACGACAGCGAAGAGAGUCGAGAACGCCACCUGGAGCAUCGUGUACGCCGACGGCAGCAUCGCCCGGGGCAACGUCUGGACCGACACCAUCUCGCUCGGCGGCACCACGGUCCCGAACGCGACCCUCGAGUCGGCCGUCAACGUCUCACCCGAGCUGAGCGGUGACCGCGACUCGGCCGGCGUCUUCGGCCUCGCCUACUCGCUGCCCACAGGAACCAGCCCACAACAGCCCGCCGUCCUGCCGGCCCUCCUCCAGCACCUCCCCCAGGCCCUAUUCACCGUCGACCUGCGCCACGGGUCCAACGCCAGCUCCUCCUCCUCCGCCGCCAACAACAGCGCAUACACGUUCGGCUACAUCGACUCAUCCCGGCACCUUUCCUCCUCUCCAAUCCAGUACACCCCCCUCCUCCCCAACGCGACCUACUGGCACAUAGCCUACAACGGGCUGCACCUCGGCGGGCACCGGGAGUGGUACCUGAGCAGCGCGUGGAGCGCGGGGGUGGACACGGGCACGGCGCUGCUGCUGCUGGGGCGGUUCGCGACGACGCUGUACUACGGGGCGGUGCCCGGGGCGCGGCAGAACUGGAACAUGGGCGGCCUGUGGGAGUUCCCCUGCGACCUGCGGGACGGCAACGGCACGGCGGUCGCGCUGCCCGACCUCGACAUCGGGUUCCCCGGCGGCGCCAAGGGCGACGGCCUCGUCGCCACCAUCCCCGGCCGGUAUCUCAACCAUACGGUUAUGGAGGAUAACACGACCAUGUGCAUGGGCGGUCUGCAGGAGUGGCGGGAUGCCAAUGGGGGCAUCCUGGGGGAUGUGUUCCUCAAGGCGGUCUAUGCCGUGUUUGAUGUCGGCGGGCGCAGGGUUGGGUUUGCUGCGAAGGAGCUG